GAUAAACCUGUUGAUCCUUUUGCAGGAAAUGACGUUGCUACAGCAACCUUGUAGAAACAGCAUAGUACAAAUAAAAAUACAAAUGUAUAAACAAAUAAUUUCAAUAAAACACUUUACAUGAAAAAUAAACAAAUCUACUUAUGUACAUGAUGUAUCAUCUGGACAUUUUAUUGUAUUUUCUGGGGCGGGGGUGUCCUGAGCCCGCUGCAGUGAUUACUAUUCACAAUUCAUCCACUUUGUUAACAAAAAAAAAAAACCUUUACGGUACUACAAAACCUUCUAAACAAAUAAAUCAGGACAGAGAUCAGUUACUUGUGUGCUUGACUUGUUUAUGGCCAGCAGCAGCCUAACUUACUGACCUGGGAUCAGCCAACCAACUCGUAGUCAGCGUCUACCGUGAGUCAGCAGAAUCAAGCUACCUAAACGGGAGUCAGCAUAUUUUCUUCCGGAGUCAACGAUUCAUGACUUACUUCAACCUAUGUUUUUUAAUUCAAUCUAAUUAUAUAGUUUCAAUGAAUAACCAUACUCACAUAAACCAAAUAGAUCAAUUUCGUCGAUAUAAACAUAAAAUCAGGCAUUCUAGUGGACGAAAAACUGUGCACUUGAACCAUAGCGGCAACAAGGACCCUGAUUUUUUAAUCAGGCAUCACAAUAGACAGCUAGUUUGGAACUUUAGAAAAGAAGUGUGCAGGAUGAAGUCAGCAUACUUUAUAUACAUGUCCACAUAGCUGUGGAGCAUUUAAAAGGAUCAGAAUUAUGUGUUGAAGAGUGGAACACCGCCAGGCCUUGCAAAAGAUGGCAACAGCGGAGGAGGAUGCAUGUGCAUGUACGAGCCAGUCUGCCCCACAUUAAAAGGAUAGAGAAAAAGAAGACACUUAUUGACUACAUCGUCCGACUGCAAUGGCGGACCCACGCAAAGCCUUACAAUAGAGAAGCGCAGCCAUGACUUUGUGGAAUGGAGUCAGUCUGCUGUCCAUCUCAUGUCACAAGACACAUGCAGGAAGAGAGAACUGGCACAUCCAAGUUGUGUAUUGGCAUCCUGGGAGUUUCACAGUGACCAAGAACACAAGCAGCCGCAGGCCUCAUCCCUUCAUAGCUGCUCCUAGCUCAGUGUCAGCCAUUACUACCACUGUGAGCUCCAUACUAAAUCCCACUGGUGGUCCCUGUGGAUCCCUAUGUGGACCUUUUGGCUCAGCUUGGGACAGACUCUGAUCUACCAGCCCUGCCUGCUUUGAUCCCGUCUGUGCUGCUGCUCACCUUCACCAGCUUGGAGAAGCCUUGUCCGGGAUUGGACACCUUCUUAAGGGGACCAACAAAUCAGUGUGUGUGUCCAGGAGCUUUUUUCUUCUUUUGGACUAUCUGCUGUGUGCCCUUCCUCCACUGAUGUGCCUCACCUCGCAGAUACCAGAGCUGCACAGUUAUAACGCUGCCAUCACCUGGGAGUCGACACGUACUGGUCCCGAGUGGAGGAGACUUGCAUUCCAGUUGCAGCGGGUCCAAGCGAGCGCCCGGAGUAGACAGCAGCAUUUAACUAUGAGUAACCACGUGCAGCCCUACUCCUCAACCCUCCAGGAGCUGAGGCUGGUUCUGCUGGGGAACAUCGGAUGUGGCAAGACAUUGUCGGCCGACACCAUCUUGGGACAGCUGUCGGACGUGUCCUCAGCGAUGCCCAGGACCAGCCAGCUGCGGCAAGAUUUCAUCGAAGAUAGGAAAGUGAUCCUGGUGGAGGCGCCCAGGUGGUACUGGAACGGCUUGGAUAUGGAGGAGAGCGUCAUGAAGGAGACAGAGCGAGCCGUGUCCUUACUGGAGCCCGGUCCUCACGCUUUUCUGCUGCUGGUGCCUGUCAGCCAGUUUACAGAGAUGGACGGCAGAGUGCCUGUACAACUACAAAAGUUGUUUGGACAAGAUGUGUUGAAGCACACGAUGGUGCUACUGACCUGUGGCGAUUAUCUCAUGGGAAGAACUGUAGAGGAAUAUCUGCAAAGGGAGCAUCCAGGCCUGAGGCAAACGAUUGGGCUUUGCGGGGGGCGAUACCAUGUCAUCAACAACCGUCACCGGCAGGACCGGGAGCAAGUCCAGCAGCUUUUGGACAAGGUGGAUGACAUGGUGAGAACAAACGGCGUGUACGCCAACAAAACAAGGGGAGAGAGGCAGAUGGAGGAACGAGUGCUGCAGCGAAAGAGAGAGCUGAUGGAAAGUUUCCGUAUGCGGCAUGAGGAGAAAAGACAAACGUUGCCAUCCAAUUAUGCACAGAACACAGACACGUUCCAGAGGAAUGUCUACAGUGCGGAUUCUUACGGAAAGGCCUGGGAGGGGAUGAGACGAGACGAGAGUGACGGCGUCAACGGAGGAGCUUCUGAUGUGCAUUGGUCCAGUUCCACAGUUUCAGCGCCCGGCGGCUGGCAGUCCGGCCUACAUGAUGAUGACACAGUCGAGAAGCGCUCGUUUAGACUGAAUGCAGAUGGAGCCAGACUGUCACAAAUGUGGGAGGACAAAACGUCUCCUCAAGUUGUUUCCACCUUUCACCACAGGAUCAACAGCUUUGAGGAGAGAUCCCCGGAGGCCUACCCCACCUCGUCCCCUCAGGCUACUGUCUUCACCCACAACCUUUCCACAACGGCCUUCACCGCAUCCCCCGCCACGCCCGCCGUACUAUCCUCGCCGUCUUCUCCGGAGCUGCGUCUGGUGAUUCUCGGCCGAUCCGGAUCGGGAAAAAGCGCGGCCGGCAACGCCAUCUUGGGACGGGAAGAGUUUGUGUCCCGCCCUGAGAGCCUGGUCGCCAUCACGCAGGAGUGUGUCAAGAAGAAGGCAGUGGUGGCAGGAAGAAGGGUGGCAGUAGUGGACACCCCAGACUGGUUCCACACCGAGCGUACCCCGGAUGAGGUGCGAGCUCAGAUCUCCUCCUGUGUCGCCCUGGCCAGCCCGGGACCCCAUGCCUUCCUCCUCUGCGUCCCGACAGACCAGCCGUCAAAGACGGAGCUGCAAGCCCUCAGUGCCCUGGAGGCCGUGUUUGGCCGAGACGCCGUGGAGAAGCACACUCUGGUCCUCUUCACGUACGCGGACCGCCUGAAGGGUGGCGGCAGCGUCGAAGCGUACAUCGCUGACCAGCGGGAGGAUUUGUUAAAGCUGGUGGAGAAAUGCGGGGACCGCUUCCACGUGAUGGAGCGACACGGCGGGAAUGUGGUGGAGCUUCUGGAGAAGGUGGAGCAGAUAACGGCGGAGGCCGGGGGGCAGUGUUACUCCUGCCCCGUUUUCCAGGAGGCUGAGAUUAGAGUGAGAGAGAAACAGGCCGAAAUCGCCAGGGAGAAUAGGAAGAACAUGGAGGAUGAGAACUUUCGAGCUGAACGGCGUUCUCUCUACCCUUACAUGCAGACUGUGACCGAGGAGGAAGUCAGAGAGGAAGAGAUUGAGAAAACGCGGACCGAGGCGGAGUUAAGCGUCAGCACCAUGACUAUUGACAGCGUCCCGUCCAUCACGAUGGCCGACGUUUCUCCCUCAAUGCUCCAGUCGGUGAUGGAGAAAGUGCAGUCCAACGCAAAGAUGCUGCCCAAGCUGUUGUCAGACAGCUCUGUGUGGGUCAGCGACGGAGCAAAGAAGGUGAUGAGCUCAGUGGGGAGCGGAGCACAGAGCACCCAGAAGGCGGUGGGGGACAGUUCCAUGUGGGGGACGGUGGGAGCUCAAGCUGGACACGUCUCCAAGCAACUCGGAGACAGCUCCGCAGCAGUCGGGUCUGGAGCAAAGGCAGCAGUUGGGUCUGGAGCAAAGGCAGCAGCAUCCAGUUCCGUGUGGGGGAAAGUGGGCUCCGUCGGGUCUGGCAUCGGCAGCGGCGCUAAGAGUGUGGCGCAGAGUCCUGUGUGGGGAAAGGUUGGAUCCGGGGCCAAGUCUGGCGCCAAACUGGUGGCCGGUGGCUCCGUUAGACUUGGAGCUGGACUCGGCGCCGGCGCAAAGAAGGUGGCCCAGAGUCCAGUGUGGGGGAAGGUAGGCUCGGGGGCCAAAGCAGGCGCCAAAAUGGUCACAGAGAGUUCUCUGUGGGAGAAAAUGACGACCAACGUCAAAAAUAUUCCCAAACUCGUCAUCGCUGGCGCUUUGCUAGGUUUGGCGCUGGGCGUGUUCUUAGGAGGGGCCAUCGGCGGGGCCGUAGGGGCCGUCGUCGGCUCUGCCGCAACCGAAGUUGGGAGACGAAAGUUUGCCAGGAAAAGCACGCCAGAAAAGGUUGCGAGCAAUGUUGAGAGACGGGUGAACGACACCGUGGAUUCGCUGGUGAAACAAGGACAGAAAGCGAUGAAGGCAGAGUGAUCUUGCCCAGCAGGGCUAUUCAAACCUGGCGUGGGAAUGACACCAAACCCACUUCAGUUCAAAACUUCAGAGACUUCAACAUUUUGCAGCAAAUUCCUAAAAUUCUGUUGUAUCGAGGAACUCGGACCAAUGUAAACACUUUGCCAGUUUUACUUUAACCUCUGAAAGGUCAGCGUCCACUGCAGUGGACACUUGUAUUUUGCAUAACAAGGCAUUUUUUUCCUGAAAUGUCGAACAAACGUCCACUGCAGAGGACGCUGGGUCUCAAGAUAAGAAUAAUUGUGAAGGGAGAACUCCUGGUUCUUUACUUUCUGAAGAUGUGGCCCCCGGUUGAACAGCCCUGCUGUACAUUAUUCAUCAUCUAUUGUGCCUUUUUGUCAAAUGACAUGAAUUACCUUAUAAUAUCUUUAAUUAUUCCAAUAUUUGCUCGAUUGCUCACAUCUCAAACAAAUAACUAGAUUGUACAUAUUUACGUUUGACACCAGUUCCUUUUAUCUGCUUGUUGACUACUCCUGUUGUACUAAAUGUUUGUCUAACGCGCUUGCAUGCAAUUGAAAUAAAAGAACAUCAAGUAUAGAAGUUGUCACAUGUUUGACCUUUUGUGAUAUUGUUUUUCUGUUAUUGUAAUUGGUUUUAUAAAAUAUAAGUGUCUUACACUUCCAGGUCACCUGUGUAGGUAAGAAUGUCACAUGACAAGUUAGAAAGUUCAGAAUGCUGUUGAUUAUUUUCCUAAACUGCACUGUGCCAGGCGUUUGUCCUCAAGAGAACC